CACACUGUUUCUUUUUCGCUCUUUGCUCGGACGUAGUAUCGGCCAGCGACUAAAUCUUCUCGUCUUCGAAAGACACCUCCGCUUAGUACAAAGCCAACGUGACAAUACCCAUAACUAACUAUGUGUCUUGAAUAGUGCAUUGCAUUUACGGUUUCAUUCAUCAAGUUCAUCCGGGCUCCGCCGCGCUCCCUCUCGCUCCGACCAACGUGUGACCCCGAAAGCUGUCCUCCGCGCACACUUUCACUUUAGCCCAGCAACAACAACAACGAACAAAUAAAAUAACCUAGCAUAAAUAACUAUUGUGCAAUACUGAUUAGCGAAACUUUAAGUCAGGAAUAAUGUCGGCGGCCCAGGAAAAGGUUAUACGCGUUGGCUCCCGAAAGAGCGAGCUGGCUCUGAUCCAGACCAAACAUGUCAUCGGCCGACUGCAGAAGCUGUAUCCCAAGCAGAAAUUCGAGAUACACACCAUGUCGACCUUUGGCGAUAGAGUGCUCAAUGUUUCACUGCCCAAGAUUGGAGAAAAGAGCCUGUUCACCCGUGACCUGGAGGAUGCCCUGCGUAACGGCGGCGUAGACUUUGUGGUGCACUCACUGAAGGAUCUGCCCACGGCACUGCCAACAGGAAUGGCCAUUGGAGCUGUCCUAGAGAGAGAAGAUGCCCGAGAUGCGUUGGUUCUACGGGAGAACCUAAAGGGACACACAAUUGCAUCGCUGCCCGAGGGUAGUGUGAUUGGAACCUCUUCCUUGCGUCGCACGGCGCAAAUCCGCAGACAAUAUCCCCAUUUGGUUGUCUGCGACAUCCGUGGCAAUCUGAAUACUCGAUUGGCCAAGUUGGAUGCCGACGAUUCAAAGUUUGCCGGCAUUAUCCUCGCCCAGGCUGGCCUGGUGCGUAUGGGCUGGAUGAGUCGCAUCAGCCAGGUGCUAGAGCCCACGGAUCUGCUCUAUGCCGUUGGCCAAGGAGCUCUGGCCGUGGAGUGUCGUGCCAACGACGACCAGGUGCUGGCCAUGCUGCAGAAACUAAUGUGUCUGAACACCACCUGUCGCAUCUUAGCCGAGCGGAGUUUCCUCAAGACCCUGGGCGGUGGAUGCUCGGCUCCCGUGGCUGUUUGGAGUAUCCUUAAGGGUGAACCAUUGAAUGGAAAUAGUCAGGAGGUGGGUCUCUCACUCACUGGCGCUGUUUGGAGUCUGGAUGGAGCCACAGAAAUAAGAAAUCACCUGGCAUGUGCCUUGAAUGAAAAGUCCGCUGCAGUGGUGGCGGAGCAGCGGGGAAAGCGAGCUGCCCAGGAGAGCAGUAAUCAAGAGGAGAACAGCAGCAGCUGCGAUUCACCGCCGGCCACGAAACGUGCUCGAAAUGGCAACGCCAGCUCUGGCUCGGACUCUAAUUCAAGCAGUCCGCGUCAGCAGGGCAGUCCGCCGGUGAUCUGCGAGGAUGAGGCUGCCUGCGAGGCCCUGGCCGGCUACAGUGUGGAGCAGCUUACGGAUUUGGCCAGUCAGUGUCCAGUGCUGGGUCAUGGCAGUGCUUUGCCCGCUGUUGGAAAUGGAGGUGGCGAUGCGGAUACCAAUAAUGCGAACCAAACAACACCCCGGCAGUGUCCUCUUCGUUUGGUUGCCGGACAGGAUGUGAUGGGUCAGUGUCCAGUGGUUCACGGUCCAGCCAAGGCUGUGGGCAAAUGUCCCGUGGCCCAUGCUGCCUCUGGAGAUUCCUCAGAAGCAAACAAUGGCAAUACCGGAGCUUCUCCAGCCUGUCCCCUGCAAAUGCCUGUGGGCCAGGACUUUAUGGGCGAGUGUCCAUAUGUGAACAAGGAGACCAAGAUAUCCUUUGCCCAGGCAGGCAAGUGUCCAGUAACAGGUGGUGGUUCCACUCUACCCACACCGCCACCCAGCAGCCGAGGCAGUACCGGCAGCAGCAUUGCUGGUGAUGAUGUGGACAAUGUGGCCUCUUCCUCCAAGUGUCCCUUUGCUUCCAUGCACCAGGGCAGUGGUCUGGAGGCACCACCAGCCAAGGAUAAUGGAAACGCAACAACACAACCCAAGUGCCCCUUCCUGCAGAAAACUGUCCAGAUGUUUGACUAUGCCGACGAGGAGCAGCCGGCGCCACAGAAAUCGGUGCUCAUUGAGGAUGUGGAGAACCUGUUUUGCGGCUUGUACCAACAUGCCUGCUACAGCCGGGGGAUCUACGAGAAGGCCAACCAGCUGGGCAAGACCCUGGCCGAGGAGCUGAUCAAGCGGGGAGCCUUGGAGGUGAUGAAGGUGGCCCAGGCGGAGAUUCAUGGCAAGGUGGUGGCAGCCUCUUGAGAAUGCGCCGCAUUUAGUUUCCCACUUCACCCACCUCCAAUCAUUAAAAUCAUUGUUUACGUUAAGUAGAAAAGUGUAAUUAGACAAUACUGUGGCCCAUAUCCUGCUCCUAAUCCAUGGAGAAUCCAUAGAACCAUCUACAUUGUAUGUAAAAUCCUUGUGCUCUCUCGCAUAUUGUUGGUUUUUAGUUUGUUUUUUUGUUUUGGGGAAUAUUAUUAUGACAAAUAAAUGUAUAGGAAAGAUCAUAAUUAAAAAA